UGAUCAUUCAUGAUCGGAUCAAAUAAAGAUACAAUUGAAUGAAAUACUUUUCGAAGUAAAUACCUCUAAAAUAUGAUAAUUAUCAAAUAAAAUGUUCCACAGUUAAUGCGGAUUCUUACAAUAACUGAUUCUGAUGUUCUAAAUAAUAUAAUAUUUUAGUAAGUUUUAAUUAAGCUCAAUAUGGACCUACCAGAAGGUCGCUUUCUUCUGAACCUCUUCUAUGUUGUUCCCUUUUUAAUGCUAUCAGCUUCAUCAGAGAUAAUCCAUAAGUCUCCAUUCGUGUGCUUCAAAGACAUUUGCAACAGGGACACGACCGUCCAGUAUUGUGACCUACAGAAUGAACUCUGCAAAUCCUGUGAUGAUGUACGUGAUGAUUGCUUCACCGGGCAAAUGCAGGAGAAUUGCACCGACUUCUGCCACGAUUUCAAGGCCAAAAAGAAAAUGGAAGAACUUAGAGGACAAGAUUGUCCAGCUCUUAGUGGUAUUGUUCAUGGCAACUACAAUGUAACUGGACCCGUUCAACAUGGUGAUAUUGUCGGGGUUAAUUGUCACAGUGGAUAUCGGAUUAGUGGUUCCUCAAGUCUCAAAUGCAGUGAUUUCGGUAGCUGGAACGGUGUACAAGCAUCAUGCAAGGCGAUCACUUGUCGAAGCAUUGUAGCACCUGGUCAGGGCUCAUCCAAUACGUCAGGGUCGACCAUUUUUCACAUUGGUGAUACAAUUGAAUUUCACUGCAACGUUUACUAUAGACUGGUUGGUGAGAGUGUCAUAACCUGCUCAGAAAAUGGCGAAUGGAACAACAGAGUACCAUUUUGUCAAGCGAUCACUUGUCGAAGCAUUAAAGAACCAGAUCAGGGUACAUCCAAUGUGACAGGGUCGAACAUUUUUCAAAUAAGGGAUGCAGUUAAAUUCCAGUGCAGCGUUAACUAUACGCUAGUUGGAGAAAGUGUCAUAACUUGCACAGAAAACGGCGAAUGGAGCAAUAGAGAACCAUUCUGUCAAGAAAUCACAUGUGGAAAACUCUUGCCGACACUGUAUUGGUCGUGGGUUUACUCCGAAACCGGUCCUUCAAGACCGGGGACGAUCGCUAAAAUAAAAUGUCACAAAUCGCACGAUAACAUUGAUGGUCAUGAUCUUAUUUGCUCACAAAACGGGACUUGGGUGUCGGACAUAGACCAGAAAACAUACAUGCCUUUUUGCGCUGAAGAAGGAGAUAGCAACAAAGUUGUACCGCUGUGGUUGUUUAUUGUUGGUUGUAUAGGCAGUUUUUUACUUCCUCUUGUUGUGGGAUUGAGUAUCAAAAUCCCAAAGAUGCGACGUCGACGAAAGUUCCUUAACCGAUCAUCAAAUUCCGUACACAAAGGCACUCAAGAUGAACAAAGGCUACUUAUGAAUGCUGAAAAUCAGAGAACAACAUGCCAUACAACAAACGAACAAAACGAAUUCAACAGUAAACAAUGUAUUCCAAUGGUUCAGUUCAUCAACUAUAACCAGCCAAAUAAUUCUCAAACAAAUAACCAAGCCAUUAACAAGAGCCGUCCUGAUAAUCGCGGCAAUGAUAGUUCGGACAAUAAUUCUCAAGGAGGAACCAGUGGAGACAGAGGGCAAACACUUACACCUGAAGAUCACUUCCCUACACAAGUGGUAGAUGAUCAAAAGAAUGACAAAAUACAGCCUCAUGAUCAACAAACAACAAAUAGUCAGGCUGACAACGGAUCUGCUCGUUUCGCUUCAACCCCAAUUGGUUCAGAUAUUGCUCAACCACAUUCAUCUGUUGCUCAACUGUCUCCAGGCUCAACCCUCACUGCCAAUCUGAGAGGUGGUGUUCACUCACAGCCAGCUAGUGACAAUGACGAUCAGAGGGCUGCCAAGAUAUUACCAUCCGGCGGUACACAGCCGAUUCACGGGGAUGACAUUUAAAUUAUGAACAUUAUUACCGGCAUAAGCCAGUUCAGCCUAUUUCUUUUUAAGAAUUGGGCCUUACAGUAAAAUGGUAGCCUUAUAUUUAAAUGGUAUCUGUGACUAGGUCUUAGGAAGUACAGGUCGGAUUUUGAACCACUAAUGCUAACAAUACAUAUUCGACUAUCGUUACACUGAGUGUGGGAUUCAUAUCUGUCUGAUUUUAGUGCAAUUGGUGCUUCUAUUCUCUGUCUGAGUCUUAGAUAUUGAGAAACAAAUGGUUUCUGUAAAACAAAGAGAGAAUUGCAUAGUGUUUAUUGUGUUUUUCAAGAAAACCAAAAAUUGCUACCUCUUUGUCAAGCAUGAUAUUUAUGGAUCAAGACUUUAUAAACUCAUUUCAAGCUUUCCAUAGAGUUGUACUUUUGACAUACCCAAACUAGAUGUGUUUUUUUCGUUUAAAUGAUCAUGCUUCAAAUUCGCAAAAGUUUGAUUUUUUUUUCUUUAUUUUUAAAUUAAUAAGCAUUAAUUGGCAUUUGUCUUAGCAAGUUAUAAUGAAAACUGCAAAGGGAUAUGUCAAUUGUGUUUCUAUAAAUUUAAGUAUAUAUAUUUUUCCAGUUAAUGUUGCCUUUUUAAGUUCGGGAAUGUAUGGUACCAUUUCACUUCUGAUGAUGGAUUGAUAUGACCUUUUUGUACCGAAUAAAUGAACUUAUGUUUCUGUAUCGAUUUUUUUAUUAUUUAUUAGUUAGUUUUUUCUAUAGUAGAUCGAAGUAAAUCUUUUAGCAUUCACCAAUCAUUUAAUAUUUUUGCGUGAUCAGCUAUUAAAUACACUGUUACAAUCUUGUUAUCAUUGAUUUAUAUUUUCCAUUUAUGCAAUAUCUAAUAAGGUGUUGAAGGUUUAUCACUCAAAUUUAUGUUUGUUAUACAUGUCUAUGUAUUGAUUUUGAAUAAGAGUGUUACUUUAAUAUUUGAAACCUUUUUGGUACAAUUCCCUAUGAAAUAAAGAAUAACCGUUUUCUUUUAUCAAAUUAUUA